ACGGCGCAGGCGCAGGCGCAGGCGCAGGAUACGCGGGUCACACGCUGGGCGGAGGGUCACUACCUGUGGCUCUGCGCGCGGGUCAGGACAGGGACCUGGGUCACUGAAGCAAAGGGCGUCAUGUCAGACAACGAGGACAAUUUUGAUGGUGAUGACUUUGAUGAUGUGGAGGAGGAUGAAGGGCUAGAUGACUUGGAGAAUGCUGAGGAGGAGGGCCAGGAGAACGUCGAGAUCCUUCCUUCUGGGGAGCGACCGCAGGCCAACCAGAAGCGAAUCACCACCCCAUACAUGACCAAGUAUGAGCGAGCCCGAGUGCUGGGCACCCGAGCUCUUCAGAUUGCGAUGUGUGCCCCCGUGAUGGUGGAGCUGGAGGGGGAGACAGACCCCUUGCUCAUCGCCAUGAAGGAGCUCAAGGCCCGAAAGAUCCCCAUCAUCAUUCGCCGCUAUCUGCCCGAUGGGAGCUAUGAAGACUGGGGGGUGGACGAGCUCAUCAUCACCGACUGAGCUGGAGCCUCCUGACCUGGCCACACCCAGUUUCUGUCCCCAUUUUAUACGUGUAAAUAAUAAACUGUUCCACCUUC